UCGGCGCGCGCUUCUCGGCGCAUACGGUCCCCAUUCCCAGGCGACCGGGGCGCGGACUCGCCGCCGCACGCCCUCCCUGCAGAGUCUGCCCCGGGCCGAUCCGCUGCACGGAGCCCGGUGGCGAGGCCCCUCUGAGAGCAGCCCUAGCCACCUUGGGCUGACCAGCGGCCGCUCUGAGCGGGAGGCGAGCGGGGCUGGCCUGAGUCCCCUUCCGGGCUGAGAAGCGUCAAGGCCAACGUCAUGCAGGCCUCCCUGGCCACCCUUCUUCUGCUGCCGAUGACCACCGCCAUGCACUUCAACUGCAUAUUGAAGGAGGAGAAAGCCAUGUGUCUGGAGAAGAUCCAGAGGGCGAAGGAACUGAUGGGCUUGAACGACUCCUCCCCAGGCUGCCCGGGGAUAUGGGACAACAUCACGUGUUGGAAGCCCGCCCAGGUGGGCGAGAUGGUCUUCAUCACCUGCCCCAAAUUCUUCCAGAUCAUCGAUCCAGACCAAGUCUGGGAGACCGAAACCAUAGGAGAGUUUGGUUUUGCAGACAUUAACUCCUUGAAUCUCUCAGGCUUGAGGGUGAUAGGCCGGAACUGCACUGAGGAUGGCUGGUCGGAGACCUUCCCUCAUUAUUUUGAUGCUUGUGGCUUUGGUGAGGGAUAUAAUGAGACGGGGGACCAGGAUUCUUACUACCUGUCGGUGAAGGCCCUGUACACGGCCGGCUACAGCACGUCCCUCGUGUCCCUCACCACUGCCAUGGUCAUCUUGUGUCGCUUCCGGAAGCUGCACUGCACCCGCAACUUCAUCCACAUGAACCUGUUCGUGUCGUUCAUGCUGCGGGCCAUCUCCGUCUUCAUCAAGGACUGGAUCCUCUAUGAGGAACACGACAACAACCACUGCUUUAUCUCCUCGGUGGAAUGCAAGGCCGUAAUGGUUUUCUUUCACUACUGCGUCGUGUCCAACUACUUCUGGCUGUUCAUCGAGGGCCUGUACCUCUUCACCCUGCUGGUGGAGACCUUCUUCCCCGAGAGGAGAUACUUCUACUGGUACACCAUUAUUGGCUGGGGGACCCCCACUGUGUGUGUGUCGGUGUGGGCAGUGCUGAGGCUGUACUUUGAUGACACAGGCUGCUGGGAUAUGAAUGACAGCACAGCUCUGUGGUGGGUGAUCAAAGGCCCUGUGAUCGGCUCCAUCAUGGUGAACUUUGGGCUCUUUGUUGGCAUCAUCUUCAUCCUUGUGCAGAAACUUCAGUCUCCAGACAUGGGAGGCAAUGAAUCCAGCAUCUACUUCAGCUGCGUGCAGAAAUGCUACUGCAAGCCAGAGCGGGCUCAGCAGCACUCUUGCAAGAUGUCAGAACUGUCCGCCAUUACUCUACGGCUGGCCCGGUCCACGCUGCUGCUCAUCCCGCUGUUUGGGAUCCACUACACAGUGUUCGCCUUCUCCCCGGAGAAUGUCAGCAAGAGGGAGAGACUGGUGUUUGAGCUGGGGCUGGGCUCCUUCCAGGGCUUUGUGGUGGCCGUUCUCUACUGCUUUCUGAACGGGGAGGUGCAGGCGGAGAUCAAGCGGAAGUGGCGGAGCUGGAAGGUGAACCGCUACUUCGCCGUGGACUUCAAGCACCGGCAUCCGUCCCUGGCCAGCAGCGGGGUGAACGGGGGCACCCAGCUCUCUAUCCUGAGCAAGAGCAGCUCCCAGAUCCGCAUGUCCGGCCUCCCGGCCGACAACCUGGCCACCUGAGCCCCCUCCGCCCUUCUCGCCUCCACACACAGGCUGGGGCUGCAGGUGGGCGCCGACCACGCAUGUUGUGCCUCUUUUCUCCCUUCGGGCAGGCCCUGGGCUGGAAGCUGGGCUCCCCGAGGGGGGAGAAGGAUGCAGACGCAGAUGGGUACUCCCCCAUUCCCGUUUGGGCGCUGGCCCCACCCACCACGGACGCCUGGGCCCUGACCCCAACCAUGUAAAUACUCCUUAAAUCUGGAAAAGUUGUCCCAUCCUGAUUCCUUUGUCCAGUGCCCCUUCUCACCUCCAGCAGGUCCCGGCUCCACCUGCCCCGUCUCUACCAGCCUCAGAGUUCACCUGACCCUGUUGGGAGGCUGCAGACCUUGCUCUGGGGAUAUGGGUGGUGCCUGCCCGACAGCCUCUCGAAGUGUCUGACUCUCCAUGUGGACUCCUUGAGUCUGUCUGCCACUCCGGGGCCUUUCCCGGGCCUGGCCCAGCUCCCGAGGCCAGCCAGAGGCAGUGUGGGUGGUCCUCCAGGGCAGGCCAGCCGCGAAGGCCUCUCCCGCUCAGCCAGCACCGAGGUGCCCGGGUGCCCGGCUCCUGGGCAUCGGGGCAGUGGGGCAGCCUCAGGGCCCUUCCAGGCUGAGGCUGCAGUUUGGGUGUGGGGUUAAAGGUCAGGGAAAGUUCUGGUGCUUUUCAUUCGGCCCAAGGACAUUGCUGAGGGCUGGAAAUGUGGAUAUGAUCGGGAAGGACAUGCAGUUUAGCAGGCGCUAUGGAAGACCUUCACCAUCUCCACUGUUGUCCCCUCAGCUCAUGGCAGGGGACAGGGUUCAUCUGGUAGCCACUCUUGCCCCUCCUGCCCCGCCUCCUAGGCAUCCGCUGUAGGUGAGAGGUGGAUCUCAGAGAAGCUGCUCCCCAGCCACACCGACCCCACAGAAUCCCUGAGCCUCCCCACCUCCACUUCCCCUUAAGUCAAAGCCAUGACUGGGAUGAACAAGACACCUUCCAGCAAUGUCAGUGAAUCCUGAAGCACCUU